GUAGUUGUGUGUGUCUGUGGGGUGGAGUUAUCCUGCAAUGUCUUAGUGGUUAGGUGGGUGAUUGGUGUACAGAACAAGCUGUGGUGAGGACAGGAAAAGUGUGUGUUUGUGGUCAGAUUCCUGCGUAUGAUUGGCUGCUGAGGAAGGGGAUGGUAGAUGCUUCACACUCCAUCUGUUGUCAGUCUCACUCUUCUGAACCAGGACACUGCACUCCAACCAAAAAGGACGAUUUGAAGGGUUGAUCUGCUGCUUAACUCACCCAGGAAACUCAUUUUGCUCAGCACCACUCGGAUUGACAGCUGUACUUUCUCCAUCUCUCGAGUGGAUACUGAGAUUUUACUUUUUAUUCCUUUAAAAGAGGACUUUUAACACACUUCUGGGUUUACUUCACCAGCACCAUAAUUGGGAAAUUCCCCUUUUUAGUUUCUUUGAGCUUUGUGGCUGAAAUGACCAAAGGUAGCAUUUCAGGAGAGAAAUUGUAGGAGGUGUUGCCUUUUCUCUGUUUUUGCUGCCUUCCUGUUUCUCUUGGAACUGUGUGCUUCACUCCCAGGACCAGUUGGGGAGCAGUUACUCAUCGGCAGUAACGGUGGGGUCGGUCCGGUGCCAGGGAGGUGACGGAGGGGGCGGAGCUGGAUGUAUGAGACGGCUUCAUGGGCCUGAAGGACCAUCUGGAGGAUGGGACAGGCCGCAUCCUCAGUCUGGGGCUGGAUCUGGACUACCUCCAUGUGGAAGGUGCUGAGCGGCAGGCCGACCCGAACUUUGCGACGGCUGCUGGGAAUAUAGGAGUCCUCCAGGCCACAGCUGAUGCCCCGAGCAGCAGCAGCAACAGUAUUGGCAGCACCAGCACUAGUUUUAGCACUCAUUCAAGCUACAGCAGCAGCAGCAGCAGUUGCAGCAACCUUUCUGAGGAGAGUGCCAUCUCUGACAGUGAAGAUGAACGGCUCCAGUCUGAAUCUAAAAACCUCCACCACAGGGAGUCCUCCAGGCUGGACCUGGCACCAAACCAGUCCUCUGGAGACCCUCCACAGCCAGAACCAUUAGCUCCCACUGACCCCGUCACUGACUGCCGCACCAAAGUAGAGUUUGCUCUCAAGCUCGGCUACUCUGAGGACCUGGUGCUGCUGGUUCUUAGGAAACUGGGCCCUGACGCACUCAUCAAUGAUGUACUGGGAGAGCUAGUCAAACUGGGAACCAAGACAGAGAUGGAGCAGCCAGGAGGUCUGAUUGUCUCCCAGUCUCCCUCCCCAUCUUUGUCAUCCUCUCUGGCCUGCUCUUCCUCCUCCGACUCCCCUCUAGACUCCUGCCGGCUACUGUGUCCGUCCAAGCUGCUGGAAGACAAAGAAAACCUUCGUCCUGUUGUUGUGGAUGGAAGCAACGUAGCCAUGAGUCAUGGAAACAAAGAAGUGUUCUCCUGCCAAGGCAUCCAGCUGGCAGUUGAUUGGUUCUUGGAGCGAGGUCACCAGGACAUCACAGUUUUUGUUCCGGCCUGGAGGAAGGAGCAGUCGCGACCCGAUGCUCUUAUCACAGACCAAGAGAUCCUCCGGCGACUGGAGAAAGAGAAGAUCCUGGUUUUCACUCCAUCUCGUCGCGUUCAGGGACGUCGUGUGGUUUGUUACGAUGACAGAUUCAUUGUCAAACUGGCCUACGAGUCGGAUGGCAUAAUCGUGUCCAAUGACAACUACCGGGAUCUGGCCAAUGAAAAGCCAGAGUGGAAGAAGUUCAUUGACGAACGCCUGCUGAUGUACUCAUUUGUGAAUGACAAAUUCAUGCCACCGGAUGACCCACUGGGACGCCACGGACCGAGUCUGGAGAACUUUCUGAGGAAGAGGCCUGUUGUUCCUGAACACCGGAAGCAACCAUGUCCUUAUGGGAAAAAGUGCACAUAUGGCCACAAGUGUAAGUUCUACCACCCUGAAAGAGGCAGCAAACCCCAGCGAUCUGUGGCCGAUGAACUCCGUGCCAGUGUCAGAAUUUCAUCAGUCGCUUCCAGAGGCUUGUUGGAAAACGCCCUGACGAUAAAGAGCCAAAGUGGUAAAUCAGAAGAAAUGGUUGAGGCCGAGCCAAGUCGGAGCGUCGGAAACAAACAGCUGAAUCAGAGCCCUCGGAGAGCCUUCGCUGAUCUUAUGGAGGACAGACUUCGGGUCCAUUCCAAAGCUGAAGGCCGGAGGGGAAGCAGCGGCAGCAGCAGCUGUAGCAGCAGCAUUGUGGGUCAUCCUGCUCCAGGUGGACCCCCAUCAUCAUCUGGACGUCGGGACUGCUGUGAGCUUCCUGGGGGAGGCAGUGGAAGCAGCUUAAGGGCUGCUGGAGGUUCUGGGCUGAUCCAGGCUGAGUCCCACCACAGAUGUGAGUCUCCAGAGGUGGGCUACCGGUCUCUGGUGAAGACCUAUUCAAGCCUUAGUCUCCUGGUUCCUCAGAAUCCUGAAUGCUUUUUCCCGGCUGAUCUGCGAGCAGGCUCGCUGCUUUCAGACUGCAGCAGUGAGGGAAGUGUCAGCUCCGACUCUUUCUCCCCAGACCCCAUGCUGGACGACAGCCCCAAGUGCCACCACCAUCCUCACCACAAUCACCACUACUCUGGACAGUACGCUCAGCUUCCAAGCCUCGUUUACCAUGGAUUAACCCAGCACUCUACAUGUGGUUACUCCGUUCCUCCAGGACUGCGUAGACACCAUGGCUUUGGCAUGGAGGACCCUCCAUCAUCUGUUCCUUCUCAUGCAUCUCCACGUCCCUUCAAGACCACUUCUUCCUACAUCCCACCCCAGUGUCAGCGCCCGUUGCUGAGCAGUUUUGUUGGGGAUUUACCACUUCGUCCACCACACCCGCCCCUACCUUCCACCACUCACUCCCAGCCUCAGAGCUCCCCCUUCAGUCGCAAUCUGAUGGGCUCCCUUUGGCAGGAAGGUGGGCUUCAGGACUCCAGAGUGUAUGAGGGGUCACCACUUCAGUCUAGAAGAAGCUACUCUGGACUAAACCAAAAACCGCAACAUCAGAUAAACUGGGACACCAACUGUCAGGCAACCCCAAAUCCUUGCUAUGAUCCGUUUUCCUACAAGAGUCUCCCACAAGUUCACGGAAAGUCUUGGUGUUCUCCUUGGAGCCAGCAAGCGCUUUCCUCACCUCAUAGCCUUUCAGCAGCAAGUCUUCCACCACAGCAGCCUCUUCCAUCCAUCGCUACCCACAAGACUCACCUGCCUCCAGCUCCUCAGCACCAGGAGCCACCAGCCUUGGGUCGAUACCAAGACCUGAGGGAGAGAGUGUUUGCUAACUUGUGCGGCAUCUUCCCUCCGGAUUUGGUGAGGAUGGUGAUGACCAGGAACCCUCACAUGAUGGAUGCUCAGGAGCUUGCAGCUGCAAUUUUGAUGGAGAAAUCGCAGCACGGUUCUUGAAUACAGACAAAAAAGUGAAGUUAAAUCUUCACUUUACUCACUUUUGCAGAAAAAGUUAGGUUGGACAUACACAAAACCAAAAGCACAGCAUUCAAGACUGCUUAUUGCCAUUGCAGGGAAGUCAUCUUGUUAAUAAUAAUAAUGGUAAUUUUUGUAAAGGGAAAUACCAAAAUUGCCAUAUUUUUCUCUAAAUAUGCCUGCAAGUUCAGCACUUAAGAGAAGGAAAGGUUUGGGGGUUUACUUUGCAUGUUUUCUCUAUUUUUGAGUCGAGAUGCUGCUGUACUUUGGGAGGCUUUUAAUGUGUUUCAAGGGUGACAGUGUUAUUCAUUUGAAAUUAAUUUAUUUGUUACAUUUUAAGUUAUUUGCAUAGUUUUAUUCAGUUUUUGGCACUUUUUGUUAUUGUUGCAUUGGGUUUUUUUGGGCAAUCAUAUCAGGGUAUAGUUUAAAUUUGUGGAGUGAAGUAUCAGUUUUUCAGUCACAGAGAUGACAACAUGGGGGAUAUAAAAGGAGACAAUGAAUCCUAAAAUUUUUCCACCACUCUGGUAAUACAUUCCUACUGUAUUUAUUAUUCAAACAGAUCAAUGGUUCCUUUCUGAGCUGACAGGUGGUAGAUCGGUUGUUGUGAGUUUUUGUGGAUUUCCCCCCAUAAGGAAGUGAAACUCGAAUGGCACCCACAAAGGACGAUAGCAAAAACUCCACUUGAAAACCCCAAGCUGUUGUUCACUUUUGAAUUAGAGCUAUUUCCUCUGCUAGGAUCGCCCUGUCAGCUGACUGCAUCAGCUUUCAGUACAGAUUUUUUUUAUUGUUUUUUUUUUUUUUUUAAACAAACACUCUAUUCUUAUCCAUCUUUAAACCGUAUCAAUGAAAUCAUAUCAAGGUGGUGGCUGAGAGCACAGUCACUCGAAAUGUUUAGGUGGAGCAAAAGAUUGUCGGUAUUAUUUUAAUUUAAAAUAUGUUAAUUUAUUACCUUUAUUGUGUGUGAAUGAGACACAGGGUCUCCUUUGUUGGUGGUGUCACCACUAGAGAGGGUUUCUGUUCCUCAGAGAGGGUGUUGUACCUGUAGACAUCCUCAACUUUGCAGUAAAAGUUGUCAAACAGACUGGCAAGAGUUCGGAAAACACCUUCUUGAAUUAAAACUUAAGUGUGUUUCUGGACAUUUGAUAGCACAAAAACAGAAGAAGAACCUAUAUAUUUUUAAGGGCACUGAUAAUCUCACUGGUUAAAUUAAAACACAGUGGAUUGGUAAGGGAAAAAAGUCAGAAAAAGUUCAAAAAUACAUGUAAUAAUAAUUUUUGUGAAUUAAUUUCUGACCGUCACGUUUGAAAUAAUUACAACAAAAAAUGCAUUUCAUGAUAUUGCAGAACUCAAUUUGACCCUCCAACUAGCAAGAAUUACUCAAAAAAGCAACUUAUUGUCCUUUGAAAGUAUUUUUAAGCUGUUUUUUCCUAAUUUAACUCACUUUGAACUGCCUUGGUUGAAAUUUUAAAUGUUAUUUUCAAAUUUUUUUCCACCAGUGGGGUUGUUUUAAUGCCUGAGGAACUCUUUGUAAAGCUAAAGCUCUUGCUUCAUUAGCAUGAUUUCCAGUGAUGACACCUCUCUUUGUUGAUACAAAUUGUAUCAUAUAAACCUUUAAACAAGAUCAUUGUUUUACAUGAAAAAACAUAUUUAAACAAAAAAUAUUUUGAGUUGAAUAUUUUAGCGUAUUGUGUGGCAAACGUUUGCCAGCGUUGGUGCUUAGGCUUUUAUAUGAGGGGGAUUUUUAUUCCCUUUUUCUUUUCCAAGUGCAGGAAACAGAACGUCGAAAAUGCACAUUUUGGAUACGGUUAUUGUUUAUAUUGUCAGUGAACUGAAAGCGUGGUACUGUGUAGCUUGAAACCAUGUGACAGUAAGAAUGAUCAGGGUUAAAGGUGUUGCAUGUGAAGCUGUGGGUAAAGUUGAAUUCUUCUCACUUCUCAGGACACACGUUAAAGCUUGCUGCCAUUACGUUUCACUUCACAGGGGCCACAAUUUACCGAAAGUGCCAGAAGAGCAGACUUAUUUUAAUGAGCUUGGCCUCCACAUUUGUCCCAGGCUCAGUCUGUCAGUUGAUUUAUUUUUCCUUGAAACUUUCACAGCCCUGCGCUGUGUUACGAUGCCAGCAGCUGAGUAAAUCUGCCAUAAUUGAGGCGUUCUCAUCCUGCUGGUCUGGCACUGUGUGCUGGUGUUUGCCACAGGGUUCAGGCACUGGGCAUUUUCCUGUGAACAUUGAAAAACUAUUUUUCUAUUACCAUGAACUUGUUAAAAAGCUAUUUUGUAAUUGUAUGUGAUUUUUUUUAUCCACAAGAGGAGAUUGUAGUCAGGGCUGAAUAUUGGAGGUGAACUUAUCGCUAAUGUCGUCCUGUGUAUAGAUGUCUCCACAAUGGUGAGUUCAGACUGAAUAUGAAACAAAUUUCUCAUUGGGUAGAAACUCUGACUUCCAAACUUCCACAAGUACAAGCUCUUUCUGUUGUUUUCUAACAGUUUCUUGCUUUCUUUGUCUUCUUCAUACGCCAAGUUAGUGGAGUUAUUUACCUGCAGAAAAUCAACAUUUCCAACCAUGAUGCAACAGUUUUAAACUUGUGCUAACAUAAGUAAGUCUUUACUGUUGAAUAAAAAGGUGUGUAGUUGAAAAAAAAGUCAAUUUUUUUUGUAAAACUAGCAUGAAAGCAAAUGCAUAGAACAGAUUUGAUAUCAUGCUCAAACCACAAUCUGGCAGUUUACAUACCAUCCCCAACCUGUUUUGAAUCAAAGUUCAGUCAUUAGAUUGUUAUUAUUUCAUUUUGAAGCCAGUAUUUAUGGUUUCCAGUUUACAUACAAGUCCCAAGAUUACACACGCUGUGAAUAUUAUAAAUGAGUGCUUGUGUGAUUUAUCUUUGAUUGCAAGGCAAACAAGCAUGGCUGCAUUACCUACAGACAUAACCAAAAAAAAAAAUACAAAAAUAAUUUUGUCCUCUCCCUUACAAUCCUCAGUCUCUAACUGAUAGGGACUGAUAGAACAACGUAAGCAGCUUGUGUGAGCACAAUGUGAUAUCAACUUUUAAAAUUCAUUCCCCUCUGUCACAUGCUGGAAUUAAUUACAACAAUAGCGACAGGUUGGUGUCGCUGUUUUUCAGUAUUUUCUCAGGUAUUUUCAUGAUCAGUGAAUAUACAUAUUUAUGAUACUGCUUUUUUUUAAAUGUAAAAAAAAUCUAUUUGGCUUCCUUAAAUUCCUUGAUUGUUUUCAAUGGAGCCAAGUUGCCUUUACUUUGCAUCCUGGUGAAAGAUUCAUUCAAAGCAUUAAAAAAAUGUCUCUUUCACAGCACGGCCUCAAGCCUGGACCUUGACAAUACCAGCCUUUCAGGUGUUUGCAUGUACCUGUGCUGUUCCUCCUCAGACAUGUUCCUCGGUUCCCCCAUUUCAACAGUUCACUAAAACUACAAAACUGGUUUUCUCCUCAACAGUCUAAGACUUUUUUUUUGCCUUCAGCAUGUUUUCUUCUUUGUUCAUUUAUCCUUUUUUGGUGAACAAUUACAGAGCUUUUGGUUCGCCAACUUUUACAGUAAUGUCAGUACCACUGAAAGACGCAUCAAGUUUAGUCAGAUGCUGUCUGCUAAAUGGGAUUUUCCAUCUGUUCACAUCCACCCGCAAUCAGUCAUGUAAAAGCUCAAUGCAAAAUUUGCUUCCAUUUCAGUCUGAACACACCUUUAAGAGUUUCUUUGGGUUUUAUCUGCACUGGUGAUAUGCUUAUUUGACUACUGUGGCCUCAAAUCCUGCUCCAUGUACAGCGUCUUCAUUUUAUCAUGCAUUUUAUCCGACAGGAAUCGUAAAAACACCAAGUCCCUGUUUUUCGUUCACACCUUUAUUUCUAAUGUGCUUUAAUACAGUGUCAUUUCUGCUGCAGAAAUAAGUUUGUGUCGCCUCUUCAGGGACCAAAGCCGAGUAAAACGGCUGUUUAUUGCUUUCCAGUGUUUCCCUUUUGCUCAGGCCUAGGCUGGUUAUAUGGAACCAAAAUAAAAAAGGAGAUUAAAGUGUUCACCCGCUGCUGAUUCACUGUGUGUCCUGCUGGCAAAUGAACAGUUUCAUUCCAAAAGAUGCUCCCGUGCUGGGUGCUAAAACCCCAAAGCUGCCAGGUACAACUGCGCUGGUUAAGCCCAGUCAAAUUCUGUUCCAGAAAUACCCAUUUUACUCUUUAGUAUCGUCUGCAUUGCUAACAAAACGUAUUGCUGUAUAUAGUAUGUACCCAGUCCAAAUACGGUGGUGCUUUAAAGUUUGUGAAGCCUGUUUCUUCUACAUUUCUGCAUAAAGAUGACCUAAAACAUGAUUAGAAUUUCACAGAAUUCCUAACAGUGGAUGCAGAUAACGCAGUUAAACACAAGACACAAGUGAGCCUUUGCUUUCAGGAUCUAGUGUGAUCUUGUGCAGCAACUAAACAUUACUGGUAACUUUGGAUGAGUCCUGCACAUCAGCUUUUAUUUUAUUCUUCCUUCAAGAUUUUGGUGUUUACCCACAUCAGCUGCUUGCCUAAGCUCCUUCUAGGACAUUUUUUAGGAGAUUCUUGCUGCAUCACCUACUGCCCCUUGAGAUUCAGGUUAUAGACAGAUAAAAUGUCCUUUUUCCUUUAGACUUUGCUGCUAUAAUUCACCAAGAAUGGCAACAACUAGCCUAGAAAACAGGCCCAAAUCAACAUACUGCUAGAUUCAUUAAGCAAAAAGUUCUAUUUUUGUUGUCAUUGACCGUUUUCCAGCAGCAGUCUGGCUUCUGCACAUUAUCUUUAGCAAACUGCAGAUUAGCAGCAAUGGUCUCUUUGGAGAUCUUUCUCCGUGCAGCCUGUCCAUGCACACCAUUGCUGUUCAGUGUUCUUCUAAUGACUAUGGAAGGGAUCUUAAGUUGCUUAGAAAUCACCCCCUCACCCUCACAGACGAUGGCCUUCACCUUGGUGUGAUUUUUAUUGCUCAGUCACUCCACUUGCACACAGUCUGUCUGACCAUGGAUUGGUAGAAUUCUAAUUCUUUUUUUUAAACAAUCGUUUCCAGCCUGAUCAGCAUCAACAACACAGAAAU